AUGCCAACCUAUUCAUCGUAUCAGCCCGUAAACAGGUCUCAUCAACCCAAAUCUCAAAAGCUUCUAGUAAGUGACAAACAAAAGAGGGUUGAGGUAGUGAGAGGUACAUGCCAAACUGUGUCCAAGCCAACAUCACAUCACCAAUGCCAUUGUAAAUCGACACAAGAGCAACAUAUGAACGAAGCACGACUGUUGCAAAUACCAAAACAUCAACUGCAUAUCUCAAAGGCCCAGAACUGUAGAGGUAUACUUGCUUUACCUUUAAAUAACACGCACCAAAGAUUAGAGAAUAUAGGCGAGGAUAGAAAUGGUACUAGCAAACCAUAUCAAAAGUGUGGUCUACUACAGCUAUCGCGCUCUGACAAGUUUGUUUACAAGCCUAGAGACAAGAGUCAGAAUACAUACACAUUAGAUACCAGUCCACCUCUUGUUCAGAUCGAUACCAACACUCAUACUAAAUCAAAUCAGCUCAUCAGACAUCGAUCCCCACGAGAAGCUUACCGACUAAAGCAAUCUCAUGGCCCUAAUUUGCUUGACAAGCCACCCUGUAGAAAUGUGCAAUCAUUGGCUCAAGAAAAUAUACAAAGUGCACAGACUUUGUUUGAUCCAGACGCCUGGAAACGAUUCAAGAUGCUUUCUCGGAUGGAAUCUAAUCCGUCACGUACAUUAUCUAUAGUGCCUAUUACACAGCCUGCCUUUCCAGCCAAUCCUUCAUACUUACUGCCAAUUGAAUCUAAUAACGAGAAAAAAACACUGGAGCAACAUGUAGGUUUAUUACAAGACCGCGAUGCAUUCAUGAGCACAACUGUCCAUAAUUUAAUCUACGCGACGGGUUGGGAAGUCGAGGCCGCACGUCAAAGAUACAUAUAUUUAAACAGUACAGCCAGAGGAAUAAUGGGGUCUUUGUCCAAAGUCCAGCUUGAACAGUGUAUAAAAUAA